GUUUUUCACUUCAACUGUCUGUGGUCGAUGUAGCUUUAGUGCUGAAAACUGCAAGACAAAAAAGCCUUGAAGGAGUGGUCCCCAAUUUAAAAUCGGGUGCAUUUAUUUUAUUUAAAGGUACAAUAGCAGACUUUUUGAUCUCGUGAGAAAGCAGCAAGAUAACACUGUUGUAUAAGAAUAUUUACAAUGGAAGUGAAAAAGUAGAAAAAGACUCAAAGCAGCCUGAGAGCAGUCAGUGAGAGUUCAGUCUGAACAAUCAGAAACUUCUUCCAUUAAUCCUCUCCUGCAUUUGCCCCCUCAUCAUCAAAAGCAGACUUUUACCAGCGCCCCCUCGCUUUAAUCAUUCAUGUUAAACUGACACCUAGUCAUAAAUUGAUAAGCGGCUCUACCUUUUUCCGUUUCCUUAGCAGAUUUUUUCCCCCUUGCUUUGAAUUUGCAUACGUGAUUGGCCUCUCUUGUACUAAUACUUUUCUCAUAUGUUAAUGUAGCCAAGCGAGAGCUCUAAUUUAAUACAUCAGCGAUAAUGACCCUGUCUGGCCUGAAGAUUAGUAUGUUUAGUGUUCAAGUGAGAGUGUUUCAGUUCACACAUCCUUUCAGCCCUGCACGCAUCUCUUUGCAUAUUCACAGCAGCUCACUGGGAUGCAGCUUUGUCUGCUUCUCUCAUCUCUCACUGAGCACUACUGAUUUUUCAAUCAAAAUUCCAAAAAAGGUUGACUUGCUAGUCUCUCAUGUUUUAUUCACAGUAGAACAAAGAAAACAUAUCAAAUGUUUAAACUGAGAACAUGAAGAUGUCUUCAAAACGUGGGACUAGAAGCAGCAAAGAGCUGGAAAAGCAGUAUUACAUUAAAGAGCUGAAAGAACAUUUUGUAAAUAGUUACGUUAAUUGGCAACAGGUCAGUAAUGUGACUGGGUAUAAAAAGAGCAGAGGUUCAUCUGCAUCUACAAAUUAUUCCAGAUAUUUCAGAAUAAUGGUCCUCAACAUAAUAUUGUGAAGAUUUUGGUGUCAUUAUCUAGAGUACAAAAUUCCAUUAAAAGAUUCUGAGAAUCUGGAGAAAUGGCUGUGUGCAAGGGACAAGGCUGAAAAUCAGUAUUGGAUGCCUCUGAUGUUUAAGCUUUCAGGAAACAGUGAACAAAAACAGAGCUCAUUCUGUCAUAUAUCAUUACACGGGCUCAGUAACACUUCUAGAAAUCACUGUCUGUGAAUGCAGUUCACCGUGCCAUCCACAGAUUUGCGCGAUGGGUUAAAGAUCUAUCAUGCAAAGAAGAAGCCGACCGUAAAGGAUACUGUGGGCUGACACAUGUCAGGGUGUGAAAUAUACAAGAGCGUGUCUUUCCAACAGAGCCUGGAAUGUUAGUGUCAGUGCAAUGGGCAACAAGCAGAUUUCUUCAUAUUUGGACAGGCCUUUACUCUUGUUGGAAAGCAGUUAAAAUGUUUUAAUUUUUGGUAAAUUUUUUCUUCCAUGUUAACAUUGGGGGCUUCGGUCAAAUUCUCACAGUGAAGAGGAGAAAAGGCUCUGAGUUUGUGUGUCGCUGUGUGUCUGUGUUUCUGUGUGUGCUGUCUCUGACAGAAGUGGGUUACCCUCAGCUAAGAACAAAGCAGGGAGUUUGCCACUUUGAUUGGUGAUGCCAAAGCCAAGCUGGGAUGAUUACAAGCUCACAGGGAGCUCCCUGGGAGGCCACCGAAAACUGAUUUGGCCAAUUACCAGUACCACAUAAUAAAAACUGUACUCAAUAAUCACAUCAUAAUUCAGCAUUACUACUUAUUAAGAUAGAAGAUGUGCGUGGAAAAAUGGACAUUACCACAGAGACAAAAGCUUUAAUCAAGAUUUAAGGAGCUGAGGUGCUAUUAAGCGUCAGAGGCAAUUACACCUUGAUUAAACACCAGAUAGGUGAGUGACUGAUUGAAUAUGAGUGAUUAAACAUGGUGCUGUAGAUACAGACUAUGUAGGGACAUUUGUUUUACAGAGGAAGUAGGAGUGAGGAAGUGAAGUUCAAUGCUCGAAUAAACAUUUCUCAAAGCUGAGGUGUGAGUGCACUUGAAAGCUACUUUUUUCCCACUGGUGUAAAGGUUACCAGCACAUAGCAAAUACCUCUGCUGUUCCCAAAUGCUGCUAUUACCUGAUUCCUGCUAAGACUAUAACAAGUACAAUCUUCCUGAGCCAAAUCAUGUGCUUUUCUUAAAAGGUAUUGACAAAAUGCGCUGCUUUUAAAAAGUGAUGUUGCAGUUCAGAAAACAGCAGGUCCUAUUACAGCAAAGCGAGGUAAAAGCUUUUCAAUGUAUUAAGUGCAUUCAGUAACAAAAGCACAUGAGAAGCCAAGUAAUUAACUUUAUCUAUAAUGUAUGUUUGAUUAACCUAUUACUCACCAACCAAAGUACACUCAUGACAUCACCCACUGGCUUUGACAUUUUAAAGCCUCAAAGUGUUAAAUGGGAAUCAGUGGCGAUUGAUUGAUUGGCUUGUGGCCGGGGUGUCCAACUCCAGGCCUCAAGGACCAGUGUCCUGCAGGCUGGUCCUUGAGGCCCAGCAUCACCCCAGUGAUGCUUUCUAGUGAGCAAAAUUUGUAGAUGAUAAACCAAACAGUCCCUAUAAACACAUUGUUUUUAAUGUGAUAGUCAAUUAUUUAGUACUUAUUUUAGCUCUAAAAGCAUCAUUUGCUUGAAGGUGAAAUGAAGAAACUUUAUUUUACACUGUGCCCACUGACAGCUGGGACAGGCUCCAGCUCCCCUCCGACCCUGAAUUGGCAAAACGGUUAAGAAAGUGGGUGUACAUCUGGACCAUGCUAUCAGGAACACCCACACUCUGCCAUUAAUUCUUAACAUCAUUAUUCCACCUGCACACAGCAUGGCUGUUUCCAGCUCUGCCAGCAUGCAGCUUUGGAAAAAUCCACAAGUUGAGUUAAGACAAAUGUGAAUACAAAUCAUUUUUGAGAACAGCCUAAUCUAACUUGACGGCCACUGAACUGUCUGUGGACUCUCUCGCCACUCUCUUAAGGCGUCCUUUGUUCAAACACACAGAUUGACCUACAGUCAGACUGUAAGAUUGUAGAUUGCAGAAGAUUGCAUGAGCGUUACGUUGGAUUCAGCUUAGCAUCCAAAGCGAGUACACGAGUGGGAGUGAGCUCUUUGGUUUUGUUGACUCCUUUGUUUGGUGCUCAGUAAAUGUCUGUUUUUACUCCUGUUUCUUUCGUCACUCUCUUUCCUGCUUAUUCUUCAGGGUGCAGGACUGAUUGGAUAUCAAAAAAGCUAUUUUAAUUAGGUGGUAUACAUGAGGAUGGGAGGGAUUACACGUCGGAUUACACAUUAAAAAUAGCCCCUUCCCACUUUGCACGCGUCCCUGUCUCUGUGUCUAAUCUGGCUGUUGUCUGAAUAAUGCUGUUAAUCCACAGCAGCUCCCGAAGAAACAAACAAAAUCCUCAUUUCAGCGUUAAUGAACGAUAAUUAUUACAGAUGGAGUCCUUCAGGCGUGUUUGUAAUUAAAAGACAACUCACACACACAAACGCAAGCGCACAAGGAGUAAACAAGUCAAUAUUGUGCACACUCCUCCAGAACUGAACAAACAGGCUGUGGGAGUUUUCUGACUUAAAGUAACUGGAGUGAUUAACAUUUAUACCUUCUUCUUUUUUUUUUCCAGAAUAUGAUUAUUCUUAACCUCUGUCUGAAGACAUCUCAGUUUUCAGUGCAGAGGAAUUUGAAACAUGGUGCCGCGUCUCUUCAGGGGAGUGCAGGAGGUAAAAGGGACAAGUGUUUGGUCCACUCAUCCACACAGUCAGCAGCUGGAGCUGCAGCAGAGUCUCAAACAGCUCACAGAGGCAAUUUACGGCACUUAUGCUCUCUCCUUUCUGAGUCAUACCUCCAUCAAGGGUUUGCACAUGCACAGUUUCAGAUCAAGUCUGAAUCAAAAUGCAAACGGUCUUGAAUAAUUAUCCACAAGCUGCUUUAAAGACAAGAUGUUCUGCAUAAAAGGACAGAGUACAGAGCCAUAACAGCAACAGUCUGAGGUCUGAGGUAUAAAAAGCAGCUGUGCAGUUAAAAACUGCUACAAAAGUUUGUGAAGUCUCUCUCCAAAAUUAGGUUUAAAAAGAUUUUUCCCAGCAAGUUAAAUUUCUACCAUGCAUGCAUACAGUUUUUACCACAUUAUGGCUUAACGGCUGAAUCCAAACACGUUUUCUUGUACAACACGAUCACUCUAAAAAUGUCACUGCCAUAACAAGGACAGCAGACUUCCAUCUUCCAUCACAUGGUUAAAGGUGAUGUCUUCUUCUGCUGUGCACAUGCACAACAGCAUGAUUAGCCGAUAUUGGCCUUCUUUAGCUGUUGAUUGACGGGGGCAGGACAUAUUUUUAAUUAGAUUGCUUGAAUAUAAACUGUGGUUGGGCACACACUUUCCCAGAAUGGCAACUACACCUCAGUAAGUGCAGUAGAGCUGUUUGUUGGUAAUACGGAGUCUAAACACAGUAUCUGUGAAGGUUCUCUGUCAUCCAGGUCAUCGUAGUCUAAGGAGCUUAGAAAGAAAAGCGUCUGGAUUUCUUUAAGUUGCUUGAAACUCGUGAAACUUGAAACUCUUUCAAGCAGCUUAAAGAAGUCAAGACGCUUUUCUUUCUAAGCUCCUUAGAAUAAACACAGUAUAUUGAUAAUGCCUCAGUUAAGCAAAAUGUAAUGAGCUGUAAUAGAAUCUAGCUUGAUCAUUACCAAAAGAGCAGCUAGUGUUCAUUGUCAUUUUCAAAGCUCUGACACUAUGUGUAUAGACUCAAUCAAUUCUCUCCGUGUCUGUGUUUCAGUCACUGUUUUGUGUGAGAUUUAUUUGAUCCUCUGUCAACCUCUCAGUUUCACAGUUCCACAGACGGGUAUAAAUUCAAACAAUGAAAUCACUCACUGCAGCUUAGGUUCCACAUUAAUUCAACACACUGUAAGACUUCAGUGUGUCUAAGUUUACAUUUAAACACUUUUGUUCAGGAUUCUUUGAGUGUCUCUGUCGCUCUUUCAUUGUUCUUAUAACCACUGUAUGCUUCCUGCGUUGGGCGUUGCCAUUAUCUCCAAUCAUUUUCAGCGUCAGGCACUGAAAGUCUCUGCACCAGCAUCUAUUAAUACUACAAAGCAUGCAACUUGCAAAUGCUGACAGUGCGUUAUUCUAGUUAUUAUGCAGGAGCUUAACAUGUUUCACUGAGCGCGCUGGAACAUAAACACGUUGUGGCUCACACGAGCUUCAUUCUAACUGUGGAAUUCGGCCUGUGCUUUUUAAUCUGUGGUUCACUUUUCAGACUGCACACUGAAACCACAGCAAGUGGUAAAAGUUUGAAACUGGGACAUUGCGUCAUUGUUGUGGUUUUAACAUCUAAGUUGCACUACUUGUCUAAUUCUAAGGCUUCAGUAGGCUAGAUUUGUAGGAUAGAAAUACACCUGUGUGACCUUAUAUGAGAUCACACAGGGGCUGAGGCACAGAAGCCCAUCCGUGAGAGGCCAAAUGAAAUUCUCGGUUAAGAGGCUGGAAGUAAAUCUCAACACAGGGAAUGACAAAUCAAACAGAACAGCUCGUAAGCUGCUGUGAAUGAGCGUCCUGUCAGGAGGAAGUUGGACUCACUGAAAUCUGCCAGUUUGCUGGUAAUGAAGGAAGUGCCUUUUAUUUGUUAUUGAAACCAUCCAUCCAUUUUUUGUUCAUUUAUUCAGUUCAGGGUUGCGGUGGGGCUGGAGCCCAUCCAUGUCCAUGUCACAGGGCGCUGUGCCAGUGUACACCCUCAACAUCUGUUUCAGAGCCAACACGUAGACCAUUCAUGCUUACCUUCCUAUAGUCAGUUGCACCAGUUAAUCUAACCCCAUGCAUGUCUGUGGACUGUGGGGAGCACCCAGGGAGACGGCGCUAACCACCACACCGCUGCGUCUCCCCAUGAUUGAAACCACCUAAGCAAAAGAAUUUGCUUUUUAAUGUGGGCUUCACGGAGGUUGCUUUGAAUUUAGAUUUUUGCUGGGAAUCUGUGUAGAGCCUACGACAUAACCAAUGCAAGAGGCCGACAUCAUUGCCCGCAUUCAUGCUCGUGCUGCUGUGUUACUGUAUGUGUUGAUUACCUUGUAGUCAUCUUCCAUGUUUUCUAUGCGGUGUAAACUGAUAGCAAGAGCUUCCCACUGUUGCCAAGUACUUGUUGGAGAUCAUCUGACUGUUGGGGUUUGCUCUGUAUUAUUGUAGUGUCUUUACCUUACAAUAUAAACUGCCUUGAGGUGACUGUUGUGAUUUGGCACAAUAUAAGUUGAAUUGAAUUGGAUUUGUGAGUCCAUCUAUUGAUCAUUUUUUUCUCAUAUUGAGAUGACGUUAGUCAGUCUCUCACUGAUGAAUUCAAAAACUGAGAAGAGAAAGUUGGAAAUGCACAAGCAGAAUCACCAGGACUGAAUAGGCCGGUCACUAUAGCUGUAGGCCCUUCUUUGAUUUCUUGGGAGAUGCACGUCAGAUUUUGGUGUAGGGUUUCAGAAGGGUUUGAUUUUAUGACGUAGAGAUACAGAGACUGUGUGUCUGUGCGCUGUUUACAUGUUGCUCUGACAUUAGUUUAGUUGGUGUUUAUUUUUCAAAUCUUAUUUUCUUCUAACUUUGAAAAGAAUCCAUCAUGCAGACUGGAUUUCUACCUGUGUGAGCCUUUGUUUUACCAGGGGAGCACGUCUCACAGCUGUAUUAAGUUAAGUUGCUUUUGAAUUCUUAAAUAUUUUCUUUUCAAAGUAGGAUAAAUGUUGUUGCUUUUUUGGUAUAGAACUCAAAUGGAUCCAGUGUUGUUGAAACGUUACUUUCAAGCACAGGAAUACUUGGAAUGUAAGAGUUUGCGCACAUCUUUGAGAAUUUCCCUCAGUUCUUUUAUGAAUUCAGGUUCUCAGAAUCUCUUGUCUCUUUGUGCAAUCCCAGACUGGCUCCAUGAUGUUGAGAUCAGAGCUCUGUGGGGAUCAUAGCAUCUGUAGCAGGACUCCUUGUUCUUCACUUUUUAUAACUGUGGCUGUAUGUUUGGGCUCAUUGUCCCACGGUACAAGGAAUUUGGGACGAUCAGAGUCCCUCUUGAUGGUAGUGCAUGAUGACUACAAGUCUAAAAAAUGCCUGGCAUGGUAUUGUACAUUAAGACGCUGAAUACACAAGGUUACGUUAGGUGUCACACUCCCAGAGGAAGCACAAUGUGUAGUAUUAAACUUAAGAUAAUAGAUAAUCAUCUUAUUUUUGGACUGUGAUGUAAGUAUGUUGGACUGUGGGACAUGAUUCAUAUUUAAUGAAAGCAGACACUUGUUUUGGAAGGUGAUCAGAGAUCCCAUUUGUUUAGAGAUAAGAGUCAUUCCACCACUUUAUUUUCCAUUUAAAAUGAAAAUGGUAUCACAAGGCCCCACAAAGAAACAUGGGAUGGAUUUAACCAAUGUAUUGUAGUUAAUCGUCCAGGCCUAGUGUUUGAAAUAUAACCACACUGCCAUGUUGGGUUUUUUAAAAAAUCUUUUUUUAGAAACUGGUUACCUUUCAAAUAAGGUCACCUACAUUUUCAUAUCAUCACUUCAGUCAUCAUUGCUGCUGAUCCCAACCCUAACCCUAACUCUAACUAGUGAUGUUCCCGGCAACUGUUCCUGGCAGUUUAAUACACAGUGACAAAAAUUGUCUAUUGUUUUUCUUCAUUAAUGAAUCAUAAUUUAAAUGCUGCUGUUUGGUAUGUUGCAUUAUGCAUUAUAAACAUUGCACAUUAUAUGUGCAAAAAGGAAGAAGAAGGAAGAAGAAGAGUCUCUCCAGAGUGUCCUGGAUCUACCCUGGGGUCUCUUCCUGGUAGGACAUGCCCGAUCGGAACACCUUACCCAGUAGGCAACCACUUGAACUGGUUCCUUUCAAUGUGGAGGUAUAAGGGCUCUACCCUAAGCCCCCCACCAACACUGUCUUUUCUGUCCGUUGUAUCCACAAUCACAUUCUUUUGCCUUUAAAACAACUAACAGUAAUAAUAACAAUAAUGAAAACAUAGCUUUAAAGAUUUAUGGCCUUUCUCAUAAACAAUGCUCCUUCUGGUGGCAGAUGCUCCAUAACAUUUAAGACACAGCAAUUUACAGACACUGGGCAUCAAUCAAAUGUUAAACGACUACCACGUCUGGUACAGACUAGUGCCAGUAGCUUUGACUGGGUGGAUCAAACAGGUUAAUUGUUUGUUUGGUGUGAUGGAUUGCUUUUUGAACAUGGAGAUGGAUGGGAACGUCUAUAUAUUUAAUAAAAGCAGCUGCAUAUUUUGGAAGAUGCGUGAAAGGUCACACAUGUCCUCAUUGUCCAUUUAAUAUAAACUGCUGGCAGGAAAUGCAUUCAUCCAGCACUACACUUAGAAAUGCAUUGCCAGUAAUGUCCAUGAAGACUAAAUAUCUUUUUGUUUUAAAACCUUUAAGUCUUUUGUGUUUCACUGAUGGUAUAUUUAGCCAGGACGAGCUGACCUCCAGUCCCAGUGGAAAUGCUGGCAUUUUAACAUAGCACAAUGGAAAGCCUUUGAAUUUGCAUUCAUUUUAGUGAGCCAUAAAAGCAACAGCGGUUCAGAGCUGGCUCGGGGACUGUCCAGCAGUGAAAUGCCCAUAAAUAGUGAUGAUUAACUGCAUCUGUGUGUAAAUGAGCCAGCCAGUGACACUCUGGCUCAUUUUCAAACAGCGGGUUUCACCUUUUCACCAUGCAGAGAGGAAACCUGCAAAAACAUUUAACGUUGAGACUUACACAUACAUUUUUCAGAGUACAAUGAAGGCUGUAUCACAAACACCUCUCUUCCUGGUGCCCUUCACAGGCUACUGUGGGGUUACUACAUUACAAGGUCUUUCCGUUGACUCUCCAUUGCAAGGUAAUGUAGAAGUGUGUGGCCUCAUUGUCUGGUGGGAUCAACAAGGAUGUUUUUUGGCCAAUGGAACAGGAGACUAUUGAUCCAGAGAUCACUCGAUUACCUUGACAAACAGUCAGAAGAUAAGAAUAAUGUUCGCAGGCAGGCCAAACAUUCCAGAAAGAUUCAUAAAUUAGCCUCCAGUUUCAUCACAGCUUUAAUUAAGCAAAUCUGUGCCAGUAUACCAUUUGUUAGCAAUGUCAAGAACCUGUUUGUCAUUUGUGGAAAAAUGCUUAGUUGAAUUAUUUAAAGAAGUGUGUUUGUGGAACACAAAAGCAUAAAUUGCAGUCAUGCCAAUACACAGAAACUUAGAAUGAUGCACACAUAAUAAGCACUUAUUUGGUGGCAGGAAGUGCAGAGUUAUGGUUAGUGAUGCUAAUGACUUGCUCGCUGAUGUACUGUAUUAGCUAACUCUUAAAGAGCAUUAUUUUCUGCAAUAUUGUUUUUGUUAAGUAUCACAUAAACCACUAACUGAUUGCCUGUUGAACCAAUUAAAGGUUUGAGAUAUAUAACAUCAGAAAAUACUGAAAUAUUCUAAUUUUCUAAGCCUGAGGUCGCAUCGUCACUUUGCUUAUAUUUACUGCUGCAAAUGCUAAAGAUAUUUGAAAAUCAGUGCAGUUAAUAUUGUGCAAAUGUUUGGGCUGUUUCAGAAAACGGGCUGAACAUUGCCACUUUCUUAAAAACACACAACUGCUGUGGCACCAGAUAUUUACAGACGAGGACUGUUGUUGUUUAUUGGUUUGAUUUUACCCACCAGGUGGCGCCAAAAUAGUAAGAUUAUCUGUAAGGUUUCGAUCGUACUUCCAAAUUUGACAUUUCUUUUCUUUGCACUUCUCUUCUCUGCCUUCUGCGCGCUCUAAAGUACCAAAACGUAUCCUUUUCUGUUCUUCACUUAGCUCUUUCUCUCUCCUUGAAGUCGAUGCCUUCUGUAUCCAGUUGAUUCAUAAUAUCAGAUCACAUUUCCUCUGGCCUUUUGUCUAAUGGGCUUUUUGCAGAUCUCCUGAUUGGGAUGGCAAGUGAAAUAUUUGUGUGUGCACAAGAGAAGUCAAGGUUACCCUUUGAUACGCCAUCUGAUUCCAAAUAGCUAUAUUUUCUCCACAUUUAUCUGAUGAAGACAAUGUACCUUUCAGAUAUGCGUACACAGCUGCAGCUGUGCUCUUUAGCUGUUGCCUUCCUCAAAGUGUCCCCUUGUAGCAGUACUGUAUGACUAAGCAGAAACAGCUUGACUAGUACAAUGAUUGAUAUCUGAUACUUUGUGUCUUACUGAAUGCUUUCCGAGAACUAUUUCUCUCCAAGAGUUGAUCAAAGUAUGUUUGAGAACUCCAUUGCGCAGCAGCAGAGUCCCCAGACCUCGAGGCCAGGGCCGUCCUCGACCCGGCGCGCCGCGGCGAUGACUAAUUCCAACCCGGGGUCCAGCUGCGUGGACUCGCCCUCCUCUGGAGGACAGCAGAGGCUGAAAAAUGCCAUUAACCUGGGCAAGGCAGUCGGGGCAAAGGUCAAUGACUUGCUAAGAAGAAAAGAGCCCAGCAACCUCGGAGACAUUGGGGUCACGGAGGUCAACAAGAAUGUUGGUGCAGUUUGGAGCUGCAUGGAGCAACUCAGUGAGACUGCUGCCAGCAGCCACAUCACCUCCUUUGACUCCUUCCCUCGGCUGGACCCUCCACCCCCAUCGGGGAAGAAGCGCCUCCCUCGAGCACUGAAGACGACCCAGGACAUGAUGAUCUCCUCUGACCCCGUGGUCUCCUCCCCCGACCCUGUGGAUUCUUCCGCCUUCCCUUCCUCCCCUGAGAAGACAUCCCCCAUCACUCAGGAGGCGAUAAGGAAUGAGGAGGAGCAGCAACAGGGAAAGGAGGAGGAAAAGAGGCCAUCGGGCCCAGCAGAGAGGAAACCCGGAGCUGAUUCUGAGACAGCUGAGAUCAAUGACAACGUGGAUACAGUGAUAGGUGGAGAAGAGGAUGGCGUAGAAGUGGGAAGCUCUGAUGAAGGCAUGGAUGAACACGGGCUCCAGCUCCAGCUCUCUGUACCAGACCUCAUCAAUAAAGAUCCCCCUCUGGAGUCCAAAGCCAAACAAUGCGAUAUCUGGCAGAAGGCGCCGGGGCCAGACUCGCGGCUGGCUUCCACUCCCUGCUCGGGCAAAACUCCCUGCCGCAUCAGCCUGGGCGAGGAUGUCCUGCUGGGGAAUGGCGCCCCCUGUAGCAAAGCCACUGGAGGGAGCACUGAAGACAUGGAGCACCAUCCAGACCUGCUGUCGUUUGAGUAACACACAGAGCUGCGGCCAAAUAACCAGUUCAGUAGAUUUCAAAAAGAAUUUGAAGUUUUUCUCUUAGUGUCCAUCCCAGAAAUGUGUGUGGAGGUAAUUCAAACAGACUGCAGCGAGUACUGCAAAUCAAAAAUUCACUGCCACUUUUCAAUUUUUCAACUCGAUCUUCUCUGGGCUUUACUUUAGGAAAAGAGAACACGUACUUCCAGAACCGAGGGCUCUUUAUCUUUUUUUAAUCUGAUUUCCGGAUGUGGGAUUAGCUGAAAGGUCACGGUAAUUACGCCUUGCUUUCUAACACGGCUGAUCUGAGGUCAGCUGGGCGCUUCAAGAAUCUUGUUAAUGAAUGAAAACAAAAACUGACCAGCAUGAGACAAUGAAUGAGCAGCAACAGAGGAAAUAAGCGGGACUCUUUUUUGUGCAGUUUUUUAAUGCUUCUGAUUUAUUCACUGUGUAUUUCUUAUGUAUAUCAGGUGUCUAACAUAUCAUGCCUUCCUCAGUAAUGUAAUGAUGAUGUAACAAUGAAUGUUUUAAGUGAGAUGAAAUAUCCUUUAAAUGGGCUAAAAUGUUACAGACAGUUAUUGGCAAGUGUAACCACAAACAUUAAAUUUUAUAUUAUUUUAUCAGUAUUAAGAUAAAACACUAUUGUAUUUAGCACCACGAUAUUUUCGCUCUAUUUAAAGGGACAUUUCAUUGCAUUUUUGGUAUAAAUCAUACAAACGCUGCUGCAGCUAUAAUGUACAUUUAGACUCAUUUAACAUAAAACUCAAGUGUUAGGAGUUAGGCGCAGGCUCGGGAAAAGAAGACGGAAGUGAGGGGUGGAGAGGCGGAAAGGAUGUGAAUGUGUAAGAUGGAAAAGGUUAGCGAGGAAUCUCCUUUCAGUUCAGUCGAUAUGAAAUGUCACGCAGCACUUUCUACUGCAGGAGGGCGAAGCCUUUUGACCCUCAGCUUCACCCUAAAGAAAUGAUUCCUGUUCCUUCUUGAGCCAACCUGGAAGAGAACUUUCUCCAAAAUGGAUUUUUGGAACACACUUAAACUUUUGUUUCAGUUAUAUUUAUAUAGCGCAAAAUCACAACAACAGUCACCUCGAUGCGCUUUUUCUUGUAAGGUGAAGAACCUACAAUUACAGAGAGAAAUCCCAACAAUCAGACGACAUCUGAUGAGAAAGCACUUGAGUGAGAAGGAAAAACUCCCUUUUAACAGGAAGUAACCUCCGGCAGAACCAAGCUCGGGGAGGGGGGGGGAAUCCAAACCUACAUGGCCCUGUGUAAAAAAGCGUUCGCCCCCUAAACCUAAUAACUGGUUGGGCCACCCUUAGCAACAACAACUGCAAUUAAGCGUUUGCAAUAACUGGCAAUGAGUCUUUUACAGCUCUGUGGAGGAAUUUUGAACCACUCAUCUUUGCAGAAUUGUUGUGACUCAGCAACUGUUUGUACCAUAAAAAUUUGAUUGCCUGGAAGGCGAAGGAGCUGUGUGUUUGGAUCCAGGCUCAUAAUUUGACCAUAACUGAAACACCAACAUGAUAAAGAUUUCCAAAAUCAUCUUCCCGCUGUGGCUGAACUGAAAGCGAAUUCCAGUGAUCUCCACAAAAUCCUGAUGGAGAGUCGAAAGAGAGACGGGUGGAGGGACGGGCAGCUUUUGGAGGGAGGGCUGCUGGAAAGUUGUUUCUGAGCUGAGGAGGAGCAGGAUAAUUAGCUGUCAGCAGAAAGAGAUGAAAGAGGUGCGUUUUUAUUUGAGCAGAUCAUUAAGUGACAGACCAAAGACAGAAGCGAUUGGCUCAGUCAGACAUGCUGUUUUUUGUCACAUUAUUUUAGUGAGAAAGCAGGAGCGAAGAUUUCUGCAGAAGAGAAUCUCUCUCAUUUACUUUCACUUCAUCGGCUCUGGAAAAAAGAACCCAAAGCCUGUGUAUUAAUACCUUUGUCGUAGCAGUUCGCAUUUGAAACUUUCUGACUCAGAAAGGUUUUUUUUUAUCACUGUAAGAGUAGCACAAUCAAGUUGCCAUGGUUAUUGUAGCACAAGCAAAGCUGUAUUUUUAUAACACUACUGUGUGAGCAUCUGUUCUGCAGAUCUGUGCGAGUGGAUUAAAGUGGACUUUUGAACUGUGGAAAGUGAACACAAAGAUCCCAAUGCCCAGACACUGAAAAGAACCCAUUUUCUGCGAGUGGCCUCAGUGAGUGACCUGCUGUCCUUGUAGGGAUACACUAAAAAUAUCAAAGAGCUCCCAGAGGACAGCGAGACAGAGGCACAGCCAGCGUUGGUCAUGGUCAGGUCGUGCCCGGCAGAAUGAGAGGAAUGUUGGAGCUAAAGAGAAAUAGAUAAAGGAAGCUUUGUCUCAGUCUGUCUCUCUCUGACUUGGUCUUACUGCCAUCUACCACCACAAUAAAGCAGCUGAUGUCUCCCAUUAAAGAGUUAUUUCACUCAAGUCACAAAACAUAAUUGUCCCAUUAGCUUUAACAAGCAACCUGCAAGACACUGUGGAGAUUUUCUGCUGUUUUCAGCACCCAGAGCAUUGCUCAUGAAGUGAGAGUGGCAGAUGACAGGUGGAAAUGAAAAGUAGCUUUUUUUUAAAAAAAAAAAAGAAAAGAAAAAGAAAAAAGAAAAUGUGUAAACUGACCCUUUUAGGUAGAUGCAAGAGUGAAAAAGUAUCAUUUACUAUUACAAAAAAACAUAACUACUGACAAACACUGGUGUACAGCAUGAGCAGGGAAAAUAUAGCCACCAUUAUUAAAAUGGGUUUCUUAAACCAAAGCAGUUUGUUAUAGGGGAUAGCUAAGGCUGAUGAUGUCAGAUAUCCCUAAUAUGGUCAUUUAAGUCCCACCCACUUACUGUACAAACUUACUGUUUGUGAGAGGCAACCAGUCAGAAGGAAUGUGGCAUAAAGUGAGGGGAGGGCUUGUGUUUGGCCUGAUGAGCUGCACCAGCAUGAGGUAAAUGAGGAUUUUCUUGAACAGCAAAUAUUACAAAACCUCUGAAGUAGAGUCCAAGAAUAUAAAUCUGUUGUAUGAAACGUGAGCAGAAGCCCUGCCCACUUUAAAUGGCUCAGAAAAACUGAAAUCUGUCAAGUAACGACCAAAACUGAUUUUUUUUUUUUUCAUGUUUAUGUAGAGCUCAUCGGUCCCUAAAUGAAACAAAAACCACCCUAAAAUAAAAAUUGUAACUUGUAGCCUGACGGUUGAUGAUAAGCCAAGUGUCUCUCAGCACGGAGAUGAACCACUUAUCAGAGAGGCUUUGAUGUGAUCUAACAAACACGCAGGAACGGAUUGAUAACAGCCACUCAGAUUGAGUCAGAAGGUAAAAGCAAUGCAACGCGAUCAUUAGUUCAGAGAAUGCAACGAGCAGCUUUACGAGGACUCAAACACUAAAAAGCUGAAUUCUUUUAUUUGCUGAUGAAGGAGGAGCAGUGUACUUUUUAUGGAAAUGUUGUAAGGCUAUUUUUGAAAAUUCUGUGAAAAUGCUAAUCACUUUGUUGCUCUAACAAAUGAAGGAAAGAGAUUUAUUUUGAUAUACAGUCAGAUGCAAUCUGCGUUAUUUAGCUGCUGCAGAAUCUGAUACAUGGAGAGGAAGAAAAUGACCACCCUUUGUCUGUGACGUCGUGUCUUGCUUUUGUCUUUUCAACGCUGGUCGACAUGAUUUCAGCAGACAUGAUGAAUGAAGGAAGCUGAGUGCUGCACGUGGAGGCUUUUUCAAAACAAGCCCGAAGAAGACUGGGACCUUUUAGCAAUUCUGCUUUAACUGUUGCAAAUUAUGUGACUGUGUCUCUUUUUUUAUAAUGAAAAAUCAAAAUGAUUCAAUAAUUUUUUGCCUUUUAUCCUCCUAAUGUAGUUUUUUUUUUUUUAAGUGGGGAAAUAAUUCCUCCAAUGGCUGUAAUCUUCUGAGAAAACAAAUCUGAAAAUAGACUUAAUCAUGAACCACUUUUUGUCUUCUGUGUCUUUUUCAAAGCUUAACAAGACCUUUUCUUCAUCAUUUGUUCUGGGAAUAGUCUGUGUUUUGUCUUUCCUUCGGCUCACGCCUGCCACUCAGUGACUGCUUGCACAGAGCUCUCAUCCUUAUCAGUUCCAUCAGUCAGCGUCGAUGGGCCCCCGCGUGUCCUCACUCUGUUUGAUGGAUCAUACGCUCUGAGAGGCGCGGCGGUGGCGGGGAUUCUAGAGCGGAAACCGCUCUGAUGUUUAAUUCAUCCGUGUUUGUCCUAAUUCGUGAAACUCCUGGUCACUGGCCACCCCUGGUGUAAACAACCGGUCGGCUCAGACGUGUGUGCAGGUCUUGUUGCUGUUUAAUAAUUCAGACGUGAUGCACUUAUUGAUUUUCUACAAAAGAACCCAGACCUUCAUGCAUAAUGAAUCAUCUAGGGCGCGAGAUAGCUGGGUGCAGUUUCUCGACCCAACAAGUUUCUCUCUGCUGUGUCCUGCUGAGCUUCUCAGCUAGUUUUGUAUAAGGAAGCGCCCCCAGCAGUAUGAACGAAGGUCAUGCUGCGGUUGUUCUCGAAAGAUAAAUUUUUAUGUAGUUACUCAAACUGAGAUUGAGCUGAGAUACUCUGCAUAGCUUGAGCUUAUAUUUCACAUAUUGCAACUUGGUAGCAGUGUUGGUGAGUAACGAAAUACAUGUACCGCCGUUAUGUAUUUAAAAUACAAAAUAUGACAGACAUCUUAACACAGGCAGCUGUAGCUAAUUUGGUUUUUUUGGUGCAGCAUGCUAAACAACCUUGCUAGCAUUAGUUACUAACUGUGUUGUCCAGUUAUGAUCACUUCUGGCUCUAGUAUCAGCAUAGCUGCAUCCAAAAAGAUAAUGUUAUGCCUCCAAAACAACACAAAGUCUAAAACCAGUCUGUGAUAUCCCAGUGGCUAUGGCAAUCUUUUAUAUACUGUCUAUAGUGCAGUCCACCUCAUAGACACCUAUGUUGUGAGUUUGCCGCAUUGUGCUCCAAAGCACAGGCUGGGUCUGACUGACCCUUCAUGAGUACAUCCACAGUAUGUUCUUUCCAUCACAGCCUUAUUUGUAUGAGCCGGUCUACAAGGCACGGAGAGAUUUGAAAAGAAAAUUAGGACAGACAGAACAAAGCUGCUGCUUCUACAAAUGAGCUCUUCCAUGAAUGCCUUUCAGAGCGUUGUGAAAGUGAAUAGAUGUUCACAUUGAUUAUCAAAAAUAAAUCCCAUAGUGAGCGUGAAGCCAUAAUAUGAUAUGUAAUACAGGCUGUUCUAUUAUCUGAUGAAACGAGCAGUGUCUUCGCAGAUGCUUCUUGCUGCUAGGCCAUCAGAAAAGUUUGCUCACUGACUCCAGCCCUGUGAUGAAGAGGUAUGUGUCAAACUGAUGAAAGGGUGCACAGCUGUGCCACAAUAACAGCCAAAUUCUUUCUAAAAGUAGGCUAAGAGACAUUUUUGUAAGGAGGAGUAGUCGGUGUAAAUCGUCCUGCCUUCUGACUAUGAAGAUUACUAAUAUCUACCCUCUGUUCAAGAAGCUGGAAUCCCCCAGGCUACAAAGUAAAGCUAUCCUGGAAAAGGUCAACUCAUUAUUAACAUUGCAUUGAAUGUCUAUUGUAUAUUCUUAGCAACUAUUAACUGUAGUUUUAAACAGGAGCUUUUCUAGGAUUUUUCAAAUAAGGUGGCACAUGGGGGUCCAGAGCCAGUGAUGGGGUGGCAGGGUGUCUUUGUAUUGAGUUAACCUGCGCAUGUCACGGUCCUGGGUCAGCGACCCAGUGUUUUGAGUUUUGUAUCAUUAUUGAAUUUUGAUUUUGUCAUAGUUUAUCUUUUCUAGUCUUUUGGUUUCUGUUUCUGUGUUCUAUGGUCUGCUGUAUUCCCUAGUCAAGUCUGCGUCUGUUAUGUUUCCUGUUUUACUUUGAAAGUCUGUGUCCCAUGUCAAUGUAUUGAGUCUCGCUUCCCCUUGGUCUUGUCAUGUCAGAUUACUCCCAGCCGUGCUCUCCUUGUGUGUCUCAUUUCCCUCGUUAUCCCUCAGUGUAUUUAAGUCCCGUGUUUCUUUUUGUCAGCGUCACGUCCUCUGUGUUACAUCCCUCAUGUCAUGUCAGGUUAAUGGGUUUCAGGAUUGUUGUGCAGUUCAUGUUCCUGUAAGUGAUUCAUGUGUUUCAUCAUGCACUCUGCACAAGGGCCUGCUCAUAGUCAUUGCCAGUCUUCCUACUUUGUCAUAGUUAAGUCACAGUUUUCUUAGUUUAGUUUUCCCAGUGUAGGUUCUAGUUUAGUUUCGCCACUGCCCGUGCUGCUUUAUGUUGCCCCCUGUAUCAGCCAUAAUAAAGGCUCGCCUUUUGUUAAAGUUAGUUCUGUCUCCUCGCCUGUGUCCACACCUGGAUCCAACACACACACCUCCGCACGGCCUGCCUCCACCAAUCAUGGCAGCGCAAAGGAAAGUAGUUAGGAAAUGAUAAGUACUGAACCUGUGAGGCUACAGCAGGAGUUCAUUCUUUUUGUUUUACAGUGGAAAAAAAGGAUGUAGCAAGCAUUAUGUCACCCGCUGAUUUGUAAAGUCCUUUCACAAAGCCUUGAUUUGAAUAUUUUUAUGCCAUCACAGUCUUGGUGUUUUGAAAUCAGCUGUGAGCAGGUGCUCAGAGUAAACAAUCACUUCUGUAACUACCAGUCCAUUUAGCUCAUUCCCUGGUUUUCCAUUAUAUCGACACUCAGACUGUAUGAUCUAAAAAAGUAAAGUACCCUUGCCCCUCUCUAAGUCAGGUAGCAGUAACUGAGUCAGUUAAUUAUGUAAUAGUAUAUGAUGUGACCGGUGUUUUAGUGCUACUUGGCUUUAAAGGCACAGUCAGUAAUUUUUUAAAGAUGACUUAAUAGAAAACCAGAAUGUUUUACUUGUAAAUAUACAUUGAUUAAUGCAUAACAAAUUGAUGUUUUCUCAUAAACUUAGAAUUAAUCCAUUAAAAGUAAAUGGGAGCAGGUAUCAGUUUGUGGAAGCCGCCACAUUGCCCCAGCAUUUUAAAUACAGUAACUAAGAUGGACUGAGAUGGAUGUUCUGCCUAAAUGUGGAUAUGUGUGUGGUUAGAGAAUGGCCACACACGUAGUAUGACUUAUAUGUUACUUUUAAUUUAAAGUUCACAAACUCUUUCAAACAAUUUUUGAUCAUUUAACAUUUGUAGCUGUAUGACGCGUCUUUCUCAUUCUGUCUUUAUCCCCCAUCACCACUCCUCUCAUUCCACCCUCAUGUUCACCUAAAGGCUUAUCUCUUGAACUGAAGUCACGGUUCUAAAACAUUUAUCUAUUUUCACAAUUGCUAACAUAAUGUCAGCUUAUGUUAGACUUAAAAAACAGACAGUUUCAGUAACGCUGGCUAACAGUUUGUGUAUUUGUCCUUUAGGAGCCACCAUAGUUAGAGUCAUGGACUUGAAUUGGUUGACUGCAAUUUGCAAUCUCCUGACAUCUAGUGGUGAGAUUUUGCACACUGUACCUUUAAAAACAUUGUACCAGUUUAGUAUUUCAACCAAAGCUUGGCCCCUGAGAACACCCUGAUGAAUAUUAA